UGACAUUUGUGAAGCAAAAUUCCAGGUGAAAUUCUAUGUAGAAUCCGAUAUUAACUGACUUUUGUAAGCAUGUUAUACAUUAUUUGCUUUCAGCGAUAGGUACUACACAAUCCAACGUCCCAACUGGUUCCAGUAAAUUAUCUGAAGGUGAAAUAGCUUCUAUUAUAACUGGAACUACUAUAGUGAUGAUGGUUGUUGCAGUUUCUAUUUACUGCUGGAAAAAAAGAAACAAAAGACAAGAAAGAGCUACUAAUUUAGAUUGUACACAACAGUUACUGGAAACACUUGUACAAGAUGCGCAGCAAGAAAUUAUCCCAAUGAACAUAAGAGAACAGACACAAAAUACAAUUAAAGACUGGCGCAGAAAAGAUAAGAUGUUUGUUGAUACAAAAGCAAGUGAUUAUGUCAUAGAAUGUUUACAGAAAAACAGUUGUGUAACAUUAACUGCCCCAUCCGGAGUUGGGAAAUCUUUUAUCUGUAGACAUAUAGCGCUUGAUUUAGAGAAGAAAGGAUAUACUAUUAUACCAGUGGAGGUACCAACAGACAUAAAGACUUAUUAUCAACCCGGUAAACAGACAGUUUUCAUUGUUGAUGAUAUGUGUGGAAAUUUUACGGCCAGUCAACAACAGAUUGAUACCUGGAAACAAUUGUUACCUGUGAUUAACACAAUAAUUACAGACACAUGUUGUAAGAUUAUUGCAUCAUGUAGGUUACAAGUCUAUCAAGAUGAUAAGUUUAAUAUAUUAUCACCUUUUAAAUCCUGUGAAUGUAAUUUAGUAUCAGAUGAGUUAGGUCUUACGUCUGUGGAAAAAACAAAGAUAGCAAAAACCUAUAUUGGUACUAAUAUAAAAUAUAUUGAUGAUGUUUCUUACAACUGUGAUUUCUUUCCACUCUUAUGUUCCUUAUAUAAUGAAGAAAAAUACGGAGAUGUUAAAGAAUACUUCAAAAAUCCUUUUGAUGUCUAUAAAAGUGAGCUAGACAUAUUGUGUGAGCAUGGUGAUGACGGGAACUAUAAAACGUGUAGUCUUGCUUUAUGUGUUCUCUUUAAUAAUCGUCUACCAGAAAUAUGGUUCCAGAAUAAAGUGAAAGAUACACAACGACAUAUCAUAGAAGACGCUUGUGAGGCUUGUGGAAUCAACAGAAGUACAUCCAAGACAAAAUUAAAGAAAGAACUUGAUAGUCUAGUUGGUACAUAUAUUUGUAAACUUAACGGUAGCUAUAGCACUGUACAUGAUAAAUUGUUUGACUUCCUUGUCCAUUACUUUGGUCAGAAAAUGAUAGAAUGUUUAAUAGACCAUGGUGAUAGUAGAUUAGUACAUGAACGUUUUAGUUGGAAGAAAUCACCAGAUGACAAGACAAGUAACAUAGAUUUCAUAAUUGAAAUACCAGAUGAUUAUUUAGAAUCGUAUUUCCAAAGGUUUAUCAAGGACUGGUCAGCAGGAAAGGUUGCAGUUGUGUUCAAUAACAAUAACAUGAAAGUGUCAUCAUUUAGACAACGGUUAAUACAGUACUUGCAACAACUUGAUCAGCAGCAGGUUAAAUUAGCUAAUACCAAGGAUACAGUGAGACCAAAGAAGAGCCCUGCUUCAGGUUCUACUCCACUGAUAUUGAUUUGUUAUGAUGGUUAUACUGAUAUGGUACAGUGGUUGUUAUGUAAUGAUGUGAAUGUGGAUCAGUGUAGAGAUGAUGGGGUAAGUGGACUGAUGAUGGCAAGUCAGCAAGGAUAUACUUAUAUAGUAAAGUUACUGUUAGAGAGAAAUCCUGAUGUUAAUCUAUGUAAGAAGGAUGGCUACAGUCCUCUGAUACAGGCUAGUUAUGAAGGACAUACUGAUAUAGUACAGUUACUGUUAGAGAGAAAUCCUGAUGUUAAUCUAUGUGACAAUGAUGGCCGGAAUCCACUGAUACAGGCAAGUGCGUGUGGACAUACUGACAUAGUAAAGUUACUAUUAGAGAGGAAUUCUGAUGUUAAUCUAUGUAACAAGGAUGGAUUGAGUCCUCUGAUAACGGCAAGUGCGUGUGGACAUACUGACAUAGUAAAGUUACUACUAGAGAGGAAUGCUGAUGUUAAUCUAUGUAACAAGAAUAGCUUUAGUCCUCUGAUACAUGCAAGUGAUGGAGGACAUACUGAUAUAGUAAAGUUACUGUUAGAAAGAAAUGCUGAUGUUAAUCUAUGUAACAAGGAUGGCUGGAGUCCUCUGUUACAUGCAAGUGAUGGAGGACAUACUGAUAUAGUAAAGUUACUGUUAGAGAUGAAUCCUAAUGUUAAUCUAUGUAACAAGGAUGGCACGAGUCCUCUGGUACAGGCUAGUCAAAACGGACAUACCGUUAUAGUAAAGUUACUGUUAGAGAGGAAUCCUGAUGUUAAUCUAUGUAACAAGGAUGGCUUCAGUCCUCUGAUAAAGGCAAGUAUAUGUGGACAUACUGACAUAGUUAGAUUACUACUAGAGAGGAAUCAUGUUCCAUGUGACAAUACACCACUGAGUACGUCAUAUGUUUAUAAUAACAUCAGUAUCAGUAACAGUCCUAGUCUUGUCCAGCCAAUAAUGAAACAUAAACCAGACAUUAAUGCCCAGACAUAUGUUGGAGGUAAUGCUUUAUAUUUCAGUGCACUGUUUGAACACAUUGAGAUAACACAGUUACUCUUAGAGAAGAAUGCUGACUCUAAUAUCUGUAUCUAUAGUAAACAGUAUAUAGCAGAAAUGAUGAAAAAUCAUCCAACUGGAACUUUAGAAAAAUUAGAACAAAACUUAUUCGAUACCCUUGUAAAGAGUACAUCACCACGUGUAACAGAAUACGUCAGUAAGAAGUCAGUAGAUUAUGCAUUUGAUGUAGUAGCUGGUUCCUCUCCAUUACACAUAGCCUGUUUUAUGGGUAGGACAGAUAUAGUCCGUUCCCUUGUAGACUAUAAAUCUAACAUAAAUAUGAAUAAAGAAGAUGGAACAACACCAUUAUUUUAUGCAUGUGAAGUAGGACAUAAGGAUAUUGUACUUUUAUUGUUAGAUAAAGGAGCAGACACACAAAUAUGUAGAAUAGAUGAUAUAACACCUUUAGGCAUUGCAACAGAAAAUAAACAUAAAUGUGUAGUAGUGAUUGUAAAAGAACACAUGCAUAAGACAAAACCACUUCUUUAA